GUUUAGACUCGGGAUUUUGAGAAUCCCAUGUUUCUUUUUUCAGAUUCAGUUCAUUCUCUCUGAACUUAGGGUUUUCACAUCACCAUUUCUUGAGUGUUUGUGGUGAUUGCAUCAAGAGCAGGGGAUUUUGAGAAGCCCAUGUUUCUUUUCACAUCAUAUCACACACGGAUUUGGUACAAUUUGUAAAUUGUUUCACUUUUUAUUGUUUUUGCUAGGGCUGUAUUCAAUCAGCUAGGGUUUUCAUCUUUUACAAACAAGGGGAAGCUGCGGCCGUCAAUAUGGUUCUCAAGAUUGAGCUAUGCAGAUUCAGUGGCCAGAAGAUUUACCCUGUAUGUGAGACCUGGUGCUGCACCUAUGCUUGGAGCGAGUCCUGUAGCAACUGGUGGAGCCCUGGGUCAAGUUCGUCUACCUGGAAGUAUGUUAUCUUUUGCUGGUCGAGGUGGAGGUGAAUGGCAUCCAGCUGGCACAAAAAAAACGUUCCUCCUAAUAUGUAGAAAAACUUUCAUCCGGGUUGGAACAACAAUGGAGUGGGUCGUGAAUUUGGCAGUGGACUAGAUUUCACCCUUCCAUCACACAAGUAAUGACCGUACAUCACUAUCAUAUCUUAUCUAGAUUGCUGAUGAUUAUCUGUAGGUGGUUAUUAAAGUGCGGAUGAUUCAUUUUUCUAUGCUUCUACAAUGGUUUUGAGUAGAAACCGUGGAGAUUACAAGGCAUUGAUAUAUCAGCUUUUUUUAACUUCGGUAUGAAUGAGGAAACCUGGAAGGAAUAUUGCAAACAACUGGAACAUCGCCUAGAGGCUACAAUGCAAAGUAAAAUUCACGUUUAUGAAAGCGGGAGGGCUGAACAGAAGUAUGAUCCUGAUCUCCCCCCAGAGCUAGCUGCAGCAGCAGGUCAUGAUAUCUCAUCUGAAAACCGUAACUUUGGAAAAGUUGAUGUGCAAAGUGACUUAGCUAAGGGGUCUGUACACUCUCCGAUGCAAUUGAUGACUAAGGAGUCAAUAUAUUACAAAACAACAUCUAACGUCUUUUGUAAGCCAAUCAUAGACGAAUAUGGAGACAUGAUGAUGGCGAGCACCAUUUGUAAUCUUGAGUACAUGCAAUAGUAAAGGAAAACAGAUGGUUAUAUUAAUGUUAAGCUGAAAAGAUAAACCGUUUCAUCCCACAUCGUUGAAAAAUUUUAGUUGAGAAUUAGUGUUCAGGUCCCUCGUUUAUGCAUUUGGAUUAUUGAAAUGCAAGGCCUAAGUUGCUGCUAGCUGGAAGAAGACCGGGGUGUGGGUUAGUGUUCAGGUCCCUCAUUUAUGCAUUUGGAAAUUUGCGAUUGAUAAAUGCCCACUUUGCUAAUAUUGGAUGGAUAAUAAAGCCCACAAAGGUUCUCUAAUUCUCUGCAAAUAAAGUUUUGUUUGAUGUGGACUUUUUUUUGAUUAAAGUGUAGACUUUGUAAACAUGUAUAUGCAUUUUAAUCUAUGCAUGAAUCAUACGUGUUUAUGCUAUUAUACGAGUUUACCGA